AAGCUCCGCCGCGGAUCCUCCGGUUGGGUUGGUGUCGGUGCUGCUCGGUUCCUGGGGGUUCUGCCGGACCUGUGCUCGGCUCUGCUCGGCUCUGGCCCGGCCGUGUUCGGGUUGGGGGGGUCGGAGGUUCUGCAGGACCGGGACCGGAGAGGGACGGACUAACGGACGGAGCAGCGUUCUUCGUCCCGCUGCUGCUGUCCACCAUGAAGAGGUUCAGGAGACACGGACACGAGUCCCAGAGGGACCGGCUGAAGCAGGAGCUGUUCCAGUUCAACAAGACGGUGGAGCAUGGAUUCCCCCACCAGCCCAGCGCCCUGGGAUACAGUCCCUCCCUGCAGCUGCUGGCCAUCGGCACCAGAUCAGGAGCCGUCAAACUGUACGGAGCUCCGAGUGUGGAGUUCAUGGGUCUGCAUGAAGAGAACGCCGCCGUCACCCAGGUGCACUUCCUGCCUCACCAGGCGGCGCUGGUCACGCUCCUCGACGACAACAGUCUCCACAUGUGGACUCUGAGAGGACACAGCGGCCAGUCGGAGCUGCUGGAGAUCGGACGCUUCACGCUGACCGGACCACCGGGGGCCCUCCCGUGCGUGACCAGAGUCACGGCCGUGCUGCCUCACUCCUCCGGGGAGCUGCUCCUGCUGGGGACGGAAGGAGGACAUGUGUUCGUGGUGGAGGUGCCGGGAUUCAGGGAGCUGGAGGAGAGGAACAUCAGCCUGGACCAGGUCUCCAACAGCGUACCCCAGGACUACGUGGGCCGCAGGAACCUGGAGCACGUGGAGACGCUGCAGGAGAACCCGCUCAACCCCACCCAGGUGGUGAUCGGAUACGGACGAGGCCUCAUGGUCCUCUGGGACCUGGACCGGCAGAGUGCCGUCCAGCACAUCCCUGCUACACAGCAGCUGGAGAGCAUCUGGUGGACGGAGGACGGGAGCUGCAUCCUCAGCUCUCACAGCGACGGCAGCUACUGCCGCUGGACCGUGGGCGGGGACGACGGGGAAGAGGAGGAGAAGCCCGACGUUCCCUAUGGACAUUUCCCCUGCAAGGCCAUCUCCAAGAUCGUCCAGCUCCCCACCAAAGACGGGCCUCCCUUCCUGUUCUUCAGCGGCGGGAUGCCCAGAGCCAGUUACGGCGACCGCCACUGCAUCACCGUCAUCCACGGGAAAACCCACGUGGCUCUGGACUUCACGUCCAGGAUCAUCGACUUCUUCGUCAUCAGACACGGGCCGCAUCACACAGGAGACCCCAGCGCUCUGGUGGUGCUGGUGGAGGAGGAGCUGGUGGUCAUGGACCUGCAGACGGACGGCUGGCCGGUCAUCGAGACGCCGUACCUGGUUCCCCUGCACAGCUCGGCCAUCACCUGCUCCCACCACGUGUCCACCAUCCCCCUGAAGCUGUGGGAGAGGAUCCUGGCGGCCGGGGCGCUGCAGAGCUCACACUACUCCCUGGAGCCCUGGCCCAUAAUGGGAGGAAAGAACCUGGCCCCGGAUCCUCCGCACAGAGACCUGCUGCUGACUGGACACGAGGACGGGACGGUCCGGUUCUGGGACGCCUCGGGAGUCUGUCUGUGUCCCGUCUACAAGCUGAGCACGGCGGCCGUCUUCCAGACCGACACCGACCCCAACGACAACAUGAACACGGGGGCGGAGGGGGAGUGGCCGCCCUUCAGAAAGGUCGGCUGCUUCGACCCGUACAGUGACGAUCCGCGGCUCGGCAUCCAGAAGAUCCACCUGUGUAAAUACAGCGGCUACCUGACGGUGGCCGGCACGGCGGGACAGAUCCUGGUGCUGGAGCUGAACGACGAGGCAGCAGAGCAGACGGUGGAGGCCAAGGUGGUGGACCUGCUGCAGGGCCAGGAGGGUUUCCGGUGGAAGGGCCACGCCCGGCUAGACGUGCGGGAGCAGCCGGUCCGGUUCCCCCCGGGCUUCCAGCCCUUCACGCUGGUGCAGUGCCAGCCCCCGGCCGUGGUCACGGCGCUGACGCUGCACUCCGAGUGGAAGCUGGUGGCCUUCGGAACCAGCCACGGCUUCGGCCUGUACGACUACCAGCAGAAGAGCAACGUGCUCAUCAGGUGCACGCUGAACCCCAGCGACCAGCUGGCCAUGGAGGGCCCGCUCUCCCGGGUCAAGAGCAUCAAGAAGUCCCUGCGUCAGUCGUUCAGGAGGAUCCGACGCAGCCGAGUGUCUCUGAGGAAACACCACGUCAACAACGCUGCCAAGCUCCAGGAAGCAAACGCCCGUCUGGAGGCGGAGCUGGCGGAGAUGGAGCUGGCGCCGGUCCAGAGGAAGAUCGAGGCCCGGUCCUCAGACGACUCCUUCACCGGACUCGUCCGGACUCUGUACUUCGCAGAAACAUUCCUGUCGGACAGUUCUCACACCACGGCGUCUCUAUGGGCGGGCACUAACGGGGGCUGCGUGUUCGCCUACAUGCUCCGCCUCCCCCCGGUGGAGCACCGAGCAGACGAGCCAAUCACAGCCCAGCCCGCCAAGGAGAUCCAGCUGAUGCACCGCGCCCCCGUGGUGGGCGUGGUGGUGCUGGACGGCCACGGCGCCCCCCUCCCCGACCCGCUGGAGGUGGCUCACGACCUGGCCCGCUCGCCCGACAUGACGGGGUCGCACCACGUCCUGGUGGUGUCCGAGGAGCAGUUCAAGGUGUUCACCCUGCCCAAGGUCAGUGCCAAGAUGAAGCUGAAGCUGACGGCGGUGGAUGGGUCGCGGGUGCGGCGGGCCGGCGUGGCCUGGUUCGGCAGCAGCCGCUCGGAGGAUUACAGCGAGAGCGGCAUGCUGGUGCUGACCAACCAGGGGGACGUGCACGUGGUGUCGCUGCCCCACGUGAAGAUGCAGGUGCAGUACCCGUGCAUCCGCCGGGAGGACGUCAGCGGCAUCGCCUCCUGCGUCUUCACCAAGCACGGACAAGGCUUCUACCUGAUCUCUCCAUCGGAGUUCGAGCGCUUCUCCCUGUCCACGCGCUACCUGGUGGAGCCAUGCUGCCUGGUGGAGGCGCCGUCACCCCCGGGCUCCGCCCCCCAGCCCGGGUCUCCGUCCGGCAGAUCUUCCUCCGGUCACACGAAGAUAACGGACGGCGAGGAUGCAGAGAGUGCAGCUAGACGUGUAAUGGAGCAUGCUUUGCUGAAUGAUGAGAAAGUUCUACAGGAGAUCCAGAAGUCCCUGGAGGGAGACCAGAUGUCGUUCCUGGAGAACCACGUGAAGCCGGCUGCCGUCUGAGGACACGACCCCUCCACGCC